AGAAAUUUCCCCUAUCUUUAUCUCCUGAUCUAUCGGCAGCGGCUAUAUGUUCUAGUGAAUUCCUUGUGGCGCUCGAUCCACUUAAACCCACUGCUUGCAAAGUCCUGCGUGGCAUAUGCUCUGUCCUACCCGAACUCCAACCUAACGGUCGGAUAUCGGAAUGGCGUUUAACCAAGUCCAAAGUGGGACCCCGGCCCCCUAUGGCCGGGCUUGCAUCAACUGCUCUCGUGCCAAGAGCAAGUGUAUUCUCCUUGCCAGUGGAAAUGGCUGCGAGAGAUGUCAGCGACUGAAUAAGGAAUGCCGGCCAUCGCCAACCGUGCGAAAGCGAAAUGGGCGCUCUUCUGCUUCGAGAACCGCCCAGCUGGAAGCGAAGCUUGAUAGCAUUGUAUCAUUACUCCAGACUAGUGGAGCAUCCACCGGCAUUCCCACCGAUUGGGAUUCCACAUCACCAGCCACUGGCCAACACAUUGCGCAAAGCCAAGCCAGUGCCUCAUCAUGUAAUCUUCAUUCCGAGGGUAUUCCUACCCCACCAGCGACAGCGUCGCCACCUCGAAGUAGCAACGCAAUAGAGGAGCUCUGUGCUACUCUUCCGCUUUCUCCAGAGAUGGCCGAGCAGACUCUCACCCUCUUCCGGACAGAGAAUAUGAAGUAUCUCCCAUACGUGCAUAUUCCUCCGCAUAUGACCUCACAACAACUACGGCAAGAAAAGCCAUUUUUCUGGCUAUGUAUUAUGGCAGUCAUCGCACCGGGAAGCUUUCAGAGAGAAUCCGUCUUCUUGAAAAUCACCCAGUUCAUUCAUCAAAAGUUACUCGUCGAAGUUGCAUCAAGCAUGGACAUGCUGCUGGGAAUCAUGACGUUUAUGUCAUGGACUACCUACACUCGAAAGCCCUCUUUCAACUUCUAUGCUCAUUUAGUCAUGGGCCUUGUUUGUGAUCUUGGUAUCAACAAAGCGGUUACAACUGAAAAUUCCACAAUGCAAGCCUUCAAGAGUGCGGUUGGUUUCAAGCAAAAUAUUUCUACCCCAAGAACAAUGGAAGAACGACGAGCAGCGUUGGGUUGCUUCUUGAUCACUUCGAGCAUUGCCGUGACAACGUCCAGAAUUGACGCUCUCAGAUGGAAUCCACAUAUGGAAGAAUCCCUCUCUAUUUUGAUGAAUGCCAAGGAAUGCCCCGAAGAUGAGCGUCUGGUCUCACUUGUCAAGAUCCAUCUAGUCAUGGAUAAAGCGUACCAUCUACAGCGGGAUGGAGACACUCACUACUCAUCCACAUUCUACACUAAAGCGUUCCAAUCACAGCUGGAAUCUGUGAAGAGCUCAAUUCCGAGUCACCUACAACAGGAUAGGUCAAUUCUCUUUUACCUUGCCAACGCCGAACUCACUAUCCACGAAGUCGCCCUCCGAGCACCGUCAACACCCAACUCGCCAGAAUUGCAUAGGCUGGAAAGUCUCUAUACCUCUCUUCAGGCAGCGAAAUCUUGGUUGGAUCUCUGGCUAUCUGUGCCCACCGAAAAAUACAUGACCGUCUCCUUCACCCUCUACUUCCAAUUUUCCCGCGUUCUUGUCACUUUGUACAGACUGUCCAUCCUCGAGGACCCUGCCUGGGACAAGGCCCUUGUACGGAACACGGCCAAUGUCCUCGAGUACCUCGACAGAAUGGCAUAUAUGAUGAAGAAAUGUGCCGAACAUCUCUCUGUCCCCCACCAGCCAGAAUGGAAUAUCUUCGAAAAGGGGAAGACGAUGGUUCAGUGCAUCAAAGAGGGAUGGGAGCCAAAGCUGAUGGAGAUAUGGUAUCCGACUCUACCCUCCAAUGGUGUCGAGAAUACUCUUGAUCCACCGAACCCAGCGAUUCUCGCCGACAUCUUGCCGAUGAAUGGGUUUGAUGAUGCAUGGUUGCUGGAGGUGUUUGGUUCGAUGUGAUGCAUUGAGGCGAAACUGGUACAUUUUGCAUCUGACUGCUUUCGAUCGUGAUGAGUUCGACGAAAGCUGCUCACUGCAUCAUAACAACAAUCUCCGUAUGUAUUAAUAGCGCAAUAAUGAAUACUCCGUUCUAUAUCUGUACAUGUGAAUUCAAUCAUUU